GAUCGAAUCAUUCACCCUAGAGAGAUAUCACGAACAAGAUGCCUGCCUACCGAUAUGAUGGACGUGCUGAUUGCGACAUGGAUCUUGACCUCUCUGGGCUGAGUGGCAAGACCGCGGUCGUGACCGGAGGUGCAAAUGGAAUCGGAGAGGCAUACGUACGGGCUCUUGUUGACGCAGGCGUGCGCGUAUGCUUCGGCGACCUAGACGUCGAGAGUGGCCGUGAGUUAGAGAAGGAGCUGUCUGGAACAAAAUUUGUGAAAUGCGACACGACCUUCUGGGAAGACCAAGUGAAGCUGUUCGACGAAGCCAAAUCCUUUUCGAACAACGGCGGCAUUCACUACGUCGUCGCGAAUGCGGGGAUCACGAAGCAGGACGACGUCUUCGCUUACGACGAAUCAGGACCCAAGAAGCCUGAUCUGAAGAUCAUCGACGUCAACAUCCACGGCGUGAUGUACACUGCCAAGCUGGCUUCGCAUCACUUUGUCACUCAAAACGGCCAGGUCGAAACGCGCCAGCAGGAGGAUACUUGUCUCGUCCUUAUCAGCAGCGGAGCUGGUUACUUGGAUUGUCCGCGGGCUCCUCAGUAUCAGGCUUCGAAAUACGGGAUGAGGGGGAUCAUGCAUUCUUUGAGGAGGGUGGUCCAUCAUUACGGUAGUCGGGUCAACAUCAUCGCGCCCUGGUACGUCGAGACGAAAAUCUUGUCGAAAGCGGCGUUCGACGAGGUCAAGAGUCUCGGAGUCGAAUUCGCUACAUUGGAAGACGCUGGACAAUGCCUGCUCCGCAUCGUAUCCGACAAGAGCCUGAACGGUCACUCUCUUUUCCUCUCACCAAGGAAAUGGGCCCCGAGGGGGUACUUUGACCUGGGAUUGGACGAUUACGAGGAUGAACUUAUGAAGGAGAUAACCGCUGACCAGCUGAAGGGUUCUCGAGCCGAAGAGGUGCUGUUCCUGUAAACGAAGUACGAUUAGAACGAUGAUCAAAAGCUGGA